AUGUGUGUCCCUCUGCACGAACGCACAUUGCAGGACGACUCGGUUUUUCUGUAUGUGCCCAAAGGUGCGUUUGCCGGGUCUCAGUGCGAGACCGAAGAGGACAGCCAAGAGGACCCUUGCCUGCAUGUGGAGGUGCACACCCGCAGCCUGAUGGAUAACAGCACCAUUGCCGUGAUAGGUCGGGCAUCCAUUCCUAUGUCCGACUGGUCAGCGUCGAAGAAGCUCAAAGAAUUAUGCGUAGAACUCGAGCUGCCAAAGGACCAGAGGAAGGAUGUAGAGGAAGACGGGAAGGAACGUCCUCCGUCCCGUGUGCGCCUGCAGCUCGCGUAUGAUGCCUUCGAUGUGCUUGAGGAUCCCGCCAGCAGCACCGGUGCCGAUGAGCAGCUCGAUGACGUCACGCCUGAGGCCCGGGCACGGCGGCAAAGGUUCGGAAGCAACGUGCCGGCCGAGGUGCGUCUGCCCGACGUUCAGCGCUUGAGUGAGCAUCAGCUGCAGGCUGCUCUUCGAGGUCGAGGUUUGCCCUGGCUUGGCGAAGGACGUGAAGCUCUGGAGAAACGCCUGCAGAAGUCCAUCGCGGCCGAGAAAGCCGUUUACGACUCUGGAAGUUGGUGGAGCACCGUUGAGAAUUUCCUCGGCACAGACCGCAAGGCACAGCUCGAGGGAGCCAUGGGGGCUGCCGCGACUGCGGCAGAGACUUUGUCAGGAGACUUCUUUGCCGCAGUGGGUGCGGGCAUCAUGUCUGGAGCUGGGGAGAUUGCGGGAUUCGACGAGUUGAUGAAGGGCGACUUUGCCGGUGCGAUGGAGAAGCGCAAAGACGUUUGGGAGGCAGCAAGCUCUGAAGAAGGCCGUGCGGCCUUGAGGCAGAAGGCGGACGUGGCUGUGAAGCGGGCGAAGCAGCAGGCCAUGAUCCGAUUGGCGCAGGGGAUGGAGCUCAUGUCGGUCCGCAAGGGAGCUUGGAGGAUGCUCGAACAGGCUGUGAUGGAUGAAGGGGCCGCUGGUAGCACGUCUUUUGCCGACUACGAGCAGUUGGCCUAUCUCGAAGCGGGCAGCACCAACACCGAGUGCUGGGUCUGGCGCCUCCUCGCCGGCAAGCGAAUCGUCGUCGCCUUCCGUGGCACCUGUGACUUUGGGGAUGUUCUCACCGACAUUGCGGCCAUACCUCGAGAGAUCGGAGACCUGGGCAAGGUGCAUGAAGGCUUCUCUCGCGCCUAUGACUCCGUACGGGAGGCUCUACACGCAGUCUUAGCCAGGGGAUGUCUCGGAGAUGGCGAAGGAUGGGAGGUGAUUUUCACGGGGCAUUCACUUGGCGGCGCCUUGGCCACCUUGGCUGCCCUCGACGUGUCACGCACCAUCCGCGGAUUGCCCGCUGACUUCGGCAGCGCAGGUGAAGUCGGGAAGAUUCUGCCCACUCCUCUAAGGGGCGCUGAGAUCAUCGCGUGCACAUUUGGAGCACCGCGAGUUGGCAGCGCUCGUGUGGCGGCUGCUUACGAUGAAUCCGUGCCAAGAUCCUGGCGCAUCUUCAGUACAUCCGACGUGGUGCCGAACGUACCGCCUACAAGUCUUUGGGGCUUCCGCCAUGCCGGAAUCGGUGUGCAGCUGGACCCACAAAAAAGCGAACUUAUUGUUCGAGGUCGCACGGCCGGGCUGCAGGAGGCCGCUCUCGAAGAGGCCGAAGCAGCGAAGUCCGAGACAGAGGAGGAGGGCGGCUCCUCCUUGAUGCUCUCCUUCCAAAGUGACAUUUGGAGCUCCUUUGAUGAGGCAGAGCUGGCCGAGCUCAGGCGAGUGAUUGGUACUGGAACAACUGCCGUUGGCGAACACAUGGAGGACAACUACUUUGCCCGAAUUCAAGAAUGCCUCAGUGAGACCGUCAGGCGGCAGGCUAGUUGA